UUGUGUAGUCCUGCUCUGUGUUUAUUUUGUUGUUUGUUUAUUUUUUUGUUAAAAUAGUAUGUAUGGCCAUACUUUCCAAUGUCCAACAUUGUAAAAUUAUACAACCGUGUGAAUUAACAACGUUCAGCAAUGUAAAAUUAAAAUGUUUAACGUUAUAAAUUUACAAAGCAUAAUAAAUUAACAUUGUUGAAUAAGUUAUUUUACAUUCGGCGUGUAAAUCGACACAAAAUUUUUUUUACAGUGUAUCUUGGUUUGCUUUUGAGGUUAUGUUGCACUGUCGACAAAUACCACGUGACGAUUUACAAGAUGUAAAUUACGUAGAAAACUGUAGAUGUAAAUAAUCUACGUGUAAAAAACUACGUAGAUUACCUUAGGUAGUUUACGUAACCAACCCUGCUAGCCAGACGUCACAUCUGCUAUUAUUGCUGUGCGCGACGUUAUUGGAAGUACGUCACUCUCGUUAUUGAGCAGAACUGAGCAGAACCUUAUAUACACGCAGUAGGAAGCAUAUAAUAUUGGAAUGUUGUGUUAAAAAGUAAGGUUAUGUACACGAUGAAAAAAUAUAAUAAACAAUUAUACUACUGUUGUAAUCCAUUUUCGGCUCAUGCAAAUUGGAAGAAACAACAAAAUUUAGAACCUGUGAGUGAAUUUUUGCGAACGUUAUAUCCUUCAAUAAAGGAUGGAGAUCAGGUUUGUAAGAGCUGUAGAGUACGUUGUUAUCGUGAAAGAGGUACAGGAAAAUCAGUACAAAAUGUCAAAAAGACUAAUCGAAAACGUGAUUACAAAGAACAGGAUGAUUCUCUCCUAGGGCGCAAUUUAAAUCAAAAUGUUGUUAAAGAACAGGUAGAAGAAAAUUUGUUCAGUACCUCUGAAUGUAAUAAUAAAUUAGAAGAAACCGAUCUUACAUCAGAGUUUAAGAAUGAAGUUUGGUUUAAGGAUGAAUUACAUUCAAUUCUUGAUAUAAAUCAAAGUGUUGAUAACGAACAGGUAGAAGAAAAUUUGAACAAUCCCUUGGAAGAAAGUGUCAAAAUAGAAGAAUGCGAUUUUACAUUAGAGAUAACAAAUGAAGACACAAGCUCGUCUCAACUAAUUAGUAAAGAAGAUUUAAAUAAAAAAAAAGAUCAUUUUAUGUCUAUUGUUAACUCAAUGUUAAUAGAAUUUGAUGAGAUUCCAAUUGAUUCCUCAGAUUAUUCGAUUGUAGGAGGUAUUGAACGAAAAGUGGAUAUUUUAGCAAAUAAAUUGAAAUUUCUUUUUAUUAAUAAUUUUAUUUCGGAUAAAUAAAAAAAUGAUUUUACACAACUAAUAAAUUUAUUACGAGAAAAUAGUAAAAUAUUGAAAAAGAAUGCUGAUAAAAUUCAGAUUCUAAUAAUUCAUCCACAUACUUGGACAGUCGACAAAAUUUCAUACGAAAUUGAGUGCAGAAAAUAUUUAGUCCAAGAAGCUAAAUGGAAUGGAGUACAAAUGCAAAAAGGACUUUUGUCUCGUCAUGAAAGAAAAAAAAUUCAGCGUUGACCGAAGAAAGUAAAGAAAUAGAAGUAUUUUAUUAAAAAAAAUUUUUUAAUUAUAUAUAUAAAAAUUACGUAACUUUUUUCACAUGUAUUUGCAAAUAAAUAAAAUGUUAUGUAUUUAUAUUAACAA